AUGUCAGCACCCAAUGACAUCCCGACGCCUCCAAAGUCCCUUACUCACAGAGACUACACUGUGGGAUGGAUUUGCGCUCUGCCGAAAGAGAAAGCAGCAUCCAAAGCGAUGCUUGACGCGAUUCACGAUGACCUCUUGCCGCCUGAUCGUGAUCCAUACACCUACACCUUGGGGUCAAUAGGCAAUCACAACGUUGUCAUUGCCUGUCUUCCCGAGAUUGGCACCAACUCAGCAGCGAGCCUGAUUACCCAGAUGAGCAAUACCUUUCCGUCAAUCAGAUUCUGCCUCAUGGUUGGCAUUGGAGGAGGAAUCCCUCCGCAGGUUCGACUCGGAGACAUUGUGGUCAGCAAGCCAAGCGGGCCAUUUCCCGGUGUUGUCCAGUGGGAUCUCGGAAAGUCAGAAGAAGCCGGUUUCAAGAGAACCGGUGCAUUGGACCGUCCCCCGAAGGCCUUAUUGACGGCUCUUGUGGACCUGCAGAUGUCUCACGACUUACAGGGCACAAAGAUACCCACCUAUAUGAAGGAGAUGGAAGAAAGAUAUCCCAAAACAGUUGGGAAAUAUACGUGGUCUCCUCGCCUCAGAGAUCCCCUACUGUUGUCAGGUCGCUACGAGCCUGAAGGGCGAGAUAUGCCCAGCAUGCCCGAUCUUGAUAACGGUGACGAGCAGCCCAGAGAGCCGGAAAUCCACUACGGGUUGAUUGCGUCUGGAAACCAGGUUAUCAAGGAUAGGGAUGUCAGAGAUCAGAUCAACAAGGAUCUGGGAGGACAAGUCUUGUGUCUCGAGAUGGAAGCAGCGGGUUUGAUGAACAACUUCCCAUGCAUUGUCAUAAGGGGAAUCUGCGACUAUGCCGAUGCUGGGAAGAACAAAGACUGGCAAGAAUAUGCUGCAGCUCUAGCAGCGGCAUUCGCAAAGGAGCUUCUACAGCAUGUGCAGCCGGUGGAUGUUGCCAAGGAGCGUCCUAUCAAGGAUGUUUUACUCCAGCAAGGUUAG